AUGCAAGGGUCAUCUAAGCACCGAAAUAUAGUUCAGAGUUGGAGCGUGGAAGACGUGAGUACAGACUCCGACGAGUUCUUGCCAUCAAUUGGAAGCUUACAUGAUGUUUUGCAUGAGAAGAAACCCCCCUCGUUCCUGAAGUGGGGUGUCUGUUAUAAGAUAGCUACUGGCAUUGCUCGAGGUUUGGCAUAUCUCCAUGAUUGUGAUCCUCCCGUAGUGCACUGUGCCAUCACGCCAAAAAAUAUAUUUCUGGAUUCUGAUAUGGAGCCUCGUAUUGCUGAUUUUGGUGCUGCCAAACUUUUAUUUCAAUCUUUUACAACGCCAUCCUCAUCUAUCCUAGGCACACCAGGGACCAAAAAGCUGUAUGCAACAACAAUCACUAGGGAGUUUGAUGUGUACAGUUAUGGGAUUGUUUUGCUUCAGCUGACAACCAGAAAGAAGGCAAUAGACUCAUCGUUUAUGGGGGGAACUGAGAUAGGGGUUUGGGUCAGAAGUCUGUGGGAGGAGACAGGAGAUAUUCUUAAAAUUGUUAAUUCAAGCCUUGCAGAGGAGGUUUUGAAAUCAAAUUCCAAUGUACUCAAACAGGUCACUGAAGUGCUUUCCUUGGCUUUGAGCUGCACCGAGGAGAUAUUCAAAGAACCAUUUUGGGAAAAGAAAGGGACUACCCACCAUGACCUAUCAGUAGCUUGA